CAAGAACCAAAUCCAGCAGUCAGCACAAUACAGUACCUCGAGCACCUGUGCCACCCAACGAGAUGCCCGAUCAUGACGAGACGAAAGAAGCUGGAUCCGCUAGUCCAAAAGCCAAAGCACCGGAAGCCGAAAAUAAUUUGAAAAGGGGCUCCGCCAUAUCUAGCUCAACUAGGCUCAGUGACGAGGGCGGUGAUGGGGAGGACGAAGAUUACGAGGAUGGUGAUGGUGAGGAUGAAGGGGACGGGGACGGGGAUGGUACAGAGGAAUUCGGCUCGGAAGACGGAUUUGCGGAUGCACAAGAGUCUUCUGUCACUCCAGUGGCUCCUAUACGCCCUUUAACCCGGUUAUCGCAGUCAACAACAUCCUCCCAACAGGAUGCCCAGGGCUCAGACUCAGCUUCUGUUACCUCCCCGACAACAACAAAUAAACGUCACAGCCAACAGUCAAUUACUCCUGCAACUACUACAAACGGGUCCGUAAAUGAAGGCGGUUUCCCACCAGCGAAGUCUCCUCUCAGCCAACGCCGCAUAUCAACAACCUCCCUAGAUGAGGUAUCACUUAUGGACGAGCUUUCUCCAUCGAACGAGCCAAUGACCCAAGCAGAAACCCCGUCCACGGCCUCGACUACUUCAACCUCGAUAGUUGAAUCUAUUGCCAACAGAUUUUCUAGAUCCUCGACGACCAGUUCCCAAACCUCUACAACCACUUCCAAGCCCGCUCUGCCCCCCAGAAACUCCUCCCCGGCGGAAACCAUAGCUCCCCCUCCCCCACCUCCAGCGCCCCCUAAAACUGCUCCUCCCCCACCAAGAAGAUCCCCUUUUAGUUGGCUUCGUUCGGGCUCCAGUAAUGCUGUACCGGUCACCCCACCCCCGCUACCACCACCACCACCUCAAUCGAGCUCUAGAAGAGCUACUGCUUCCUCAAUUGCAACAGUGGCAUCCCUAUUCACACCUUCGGCAGUUGCGACACAGAUGAACAGUGAAUUACUGCUGAACAGAAUGGAGUCAAACAGGGGGGACGAGAAGGAAAAGGAUGCAGUUUUAAAAGGAACACAAACUUUGAAAGAAAGCUUCAGAAGGCUUAGAGAAGCACGUGAGCGAGCCACUAUAGUCCCUAAUGAUGAGAACACCAAGGAAGUUGGGGGUCAAAGCUUAGUAUCAUCUACGACAGCGAUUGGUACAGGCGUGGGGGGUCCCCCCGCUCCCGAAGAUAGCACAAUACUAGGACCGAAUGGUAGCCAAGAAGAAGAGAUCGAUUGGGAUCUCUGGCAGGCCGUUGUCGAUGAUUCUUAUAAGGUUGCUGCGGAGAAGCCAACUGAGCUCAAUCGGGCUAUUCAAGCAGGCAUCCCCCCUACACUUCGAGGAACCGUUUGGCAAAGCAUGGCCGCUAGUAAAUCUCUAGAGCUUGAAUCAGCUUACCAGGAUACGGUUGCCCAGUUGGAAAAGGUUAUCAGGCGAGAUUUGGGUGAAAGGACGAGCUUCGGAAAGUACAAGGUUGACCAGAAAGCUCUAAUGGGCGUUUGCAAGGCAUAUGCAUUGUUUGAUCCCGGAGUAGGAUAUACGCAAGGUAUGACAUUUAUUGCCACAGUGCUACUAUUGAAUAUGGCCGAGGAAGAAGCAUUUUGUGUUUUCGUUAAGCUCAUGAACAAGUAUAAGCUGCGAACCAUGUUUCAAGAAAAGAUGAAAGGCCUCGAACUCCGGCUUUUCCAAUAUGACAGCAUCCUGGAAGAUUACCAACCUCGGCUCGCGAUUCACCUUAAACGCCAAGGCAUCGAAUCUUCACUCUACGCAGCUCAAUGGUUUCUUACAUUAUUCACAUACAAAUUUCCAUUGCAGCUAGUAUUGAGAGUGUUUGAUCUCCUAUUCAGUGAGGGUCUCGAAGGACCGAUCCUAAAAUUUGGGAUCGUCCUCAUGGGCAAAAAUGCCGAGGCCUUGACCGGAAUGGAAUUCGAUGCUCUGGGACCUUUCCUGAAAGAACGGCUCUUCGAUGUUUAUCUCGAUACGGCGCCGAGCGCAACAAGUGUUAAGGAGGCGGGAUUUUUUGGGAAUGGUGGUGAAAAGGAUUUCUAUAGAGCCAACCAAAUGGUCCAGGACGCUUGUGCUAUCAAGAUAACGCAAGAUAUGCUUGACCGCUACGAGAGGGAGUGGGAUGAGAUAAUGCGGGCCAAGAGGGAACACGAGAUGGAACUCGAAACUUUGCGGAGGACGAACGCUGGUCUAAUGGUCAAGGUGAAAAAACUAGAGGAGCAGAAUGAAGAGUUGAACAGAGAAUAUGUCAGAAUCGCUAGCAGUGAGGUUGGCUUAAAGGUCCAGAAUGACCAGUUAGCCGAUGAGAACGAGGUUCUCAAAGCAAAGGUCGAAGGAUUGAAAGAAAUCGUCGACAAACAACCGCAAGAAAUAGAACUGCGUUUCAAGGAAGAAAUGGACAAGCUCAUGACACGAACUCUAGAAGUGCAUACGGAAAACCAGAAUCUCGAGGAGAGCAUGUUAGAGAUGGAAAAGGAUUUGGUAGGCACGAAGAUGCAGCUAGCUACUGUUAACGAGGACUACGAUCUUCUCAAGAACAGAUGGAACGAUCUCAGGAAAGCACUUGGGGAUUAAGGUGCCCCUCUUCCCCCGUCCAAAUAUCUGUAUUUGGAUCGUAUCCACCCGGUAGUCUAUUUUUAUAACUACCAAACAAAAUAUACCUCAGCGAUUCCUUUCUGUCUUUCAUGCUCCAUCGGACACCUGCUCUCUUUCAUUACAUUCAUAAAAAAAUUGUGGUUUCUUUGUCCAAUAGGCUUUCCCGUCCACUUCCCGAUGCCCGAUAAUGAUUACAGAGGGCAAACGAAUUUUUUCCAAUGUAUUGUUUAGUCAUUUUCAUUGGCCCUGCGAAGAUAGAGUGGGGAAUUUGGUUUUUCUUGUCGGAGUGACACUCACAUUGUCACCACCACUACCGUAUUGCCUCAUUUAUUCAUUCACCCAUCCCUUAUUCAAUGAACUGUUUACAAAUAC